AGGAGAGCUUAAAAGGGCUCGUUUGCGACAAAAGUUACGACUUGCAGGGAGUUCCUUCAUCUCAAUUCAAGAAUGGUUGAAGUUGAGAACCAUUCGUCUCCUCCUUCUGAUCCGGCUCCAACAGAUCCAACAACCCCACAUCCUCAAACUGGGUUCAAUCCCAGCAGAAUGAUUGGUAUCAUCAGAAGGAAGGCCAUGAUAAAAGACUUAGCUGCUAUAUACCAUGCAGAAUGCCUUGCAUAUUGUCAAGAACUUUUGGAACUUCAAAAAAAAGCAGAAGAGUCAUUAAUUGAAAUGAAAGCUGCAGAAGAGUCAAGGAGAGAAACAAUGAGGCCCCCAAAACGUAUGAAGAAAGCCCGUUAGCACCUAAUGUAAGAUAUGUUCGCGAUCUAUUCUAUGCGUUCUUGAAAGAUUCUCUCGGUCUUUUAGCAUUGGCAACCUGGAAAUUGUCUUUUACGGAUUACAGAAAGCUACUAGUUUGUUAAAUCUAAUAGAUACAGCUUACUACUGAAGAUUAAGAUGAAUUGUAUUUUGUUAUAUCACUUUAGAGGGUAAAGAGAAGUAUGUUGAUGAGGCAGGAUCAAUCAUAGAAUCCAUGUAAGUUGAGUACAUAUGCUAGUUACAUGAGGACCAUGCUAUAAAAAUAAUACGAGUUACAAUUUAAUUUAGAAAAUAUAUUUUAUAGCAUACUGUCCAGAGUUGUCAAAGGCAUGCUAAAAGCGCGCAAAGCCGCUCCUAACUUCUCUCUGCCUCGUUGAAUGUGUGCUUCAGUGUUGUGAUCAAGGUUUUAAGACAUCAUGUCCCUUGUAAAUAGAACCUCUUUGAAGAGGCAAUACUAAGAAAUUGAUUUUUUGCACUUCAUCAUAAAAA